AUGACUCCAACACCGUAUACCGUCUACUACGCGAUCGAUUCUCUUUGUUCAUACAUGCUCCGCUACACUCUGGCGAUUCGUGGACCCAGUAAAGAUGGCCGAGAGAUCAGCUUCGAGGGCAAAGUCGUCGACAUCCAUUACGAGAGAACUCAGCUGAGCGAAUUCUUCCUCUUGAAUGUGAACCCCAAAGGACAGGUCCCCGCCAUCACGAGCCCGGCACUGGAGAAACCCAUGGCGGACAGCCUGGACAUCACCAACCACUUUGCGACUAUGUUUCCGAACCUCAAACCUGCCGGAUACGAGGUCCAGAUCGACGAGAUGCUCCUUAAGAUCCACAAUCUCCCCUAUGGCGUUCUUUCGUUCGGUGGCCAUCGGGCACAGCCCAUCUUGAAAGGUACUAUGCAGGCGAUGAAGGACAAAUUGGCCCGGGACGAUAUAUCUCCUGCAUAUCGUAAGGCGCUUGAGGCGAAACUUGCACCAGUUGCGAAUCUGGACUUCGACACAGUGUUCGGCUUGGAAGCUGGGAAGCAAGCCGAGCGAGUCCUUGAGGAAUUCCUGAAGCAUGUCGAUCAGCGACUACCAUCGUCCGAAGGUUGGCUCUUCGACUUGCCGCGCCCCAGUGCUGCCGAUGCUCACCUGGUGGCUCUGUUGGCUCGCAUGCACGAUGUCGGGAGAGGUGCCUUGAUCAAGGGGAACAUUAGAUUGUACGCAGAUCGCGCCAAGGGUAGCCAUGAGUGGCAGUCGGUAAUGGGCACCUACACCACCACUAUGUGCGAAGGGUAG